GAGAGAGACAGAGAGAAAGGUCUUCCUUUUGCCAUUGGUUCACCCUCCAAUGGCCGCCGCGGUAGCGCGCUGCGGCCGGCGCACCACGCUGUUCCGAUGGCAGGAGCCAGGUGCUUCUCCUGGUCUCCCAUGAGGUGCAGGACCCAAGCACUUGGGCCAUCCUCCACUGCACUCCCUAGCCACAGCAGAGAGCUGGCCUAGAAGAGGGGCAACCGGGACAGGAUCGGUGCCCCGACCGGGACUAGAACCCGGUGUGCCGGCGCCGCAAGGCGGAGGAUUAGCCUAGUGAGCCGCGGCGCCGGCCUCAAAGACUUUUAAAAACUAUUUGCAAGAAGUUGCAGGAAAACCAGAGAGAGGACUACGUGUCCACCCCCAGAGCUAUGCUCUGAGAGUGCUCCCCAAAUCCCGUGGUCCCCAGCACAGCACUUGAGGGUGACCGGGUCGUGGUGGAUUCCUGGGUGACUGGUGAACUCUUCGCGCACAGCCGCCCUGUGCGAGGUCCGCAGCCGGGAGACACCAGAGCACGGGGCCUUUCUGGGGCUCAGCAGAGCCGGCUCCGUGCUCUGGGACUGCCCGGGCUCUAGAACGAGAGGCCCAGUGAACCCCGCCCUUCGUAAGUCCCCGAAACACAGACCAGCAGCCACUUGCCCCUUGUUGGUGGCCAAAAAUGUUCAAAUAGAAGCCGCGAGGAUUCCCAGCGUGCAAACCGAGAAGAGCAGGGCUGCUUGGUUGACCAGGGUUGCUGUCCCCCAGGACUGCUUAGCCCGAGGGCUCUCGGCCUCCCUGCCACCACCCCCAGCUCCCCCCAGCCCUGAGACAGCUGUCAGGUUUAGGGAGGGGAAGUCACUCUUGGUUGAAGUUGGCAAACGUUAAGAAACGCCUGCUCCACUUUUAUUAGUGCAUUCGCUCAUUGACACUGGCAAAAACACGACUGCUAACCGACCCCGUGCCAGCCCGUGAAGGCUGGAGGGAGGCACAGAGGCGGGUGUGGACCUGCCGUGGAGACGGCACUCUGAUGGAGAGCCGCUCUGGGCAGCUGCUCUCUGUGAGGGGCUGCUUGCCCCCGGCAUCCGUGUCCACAACCCUGGCUGGAAGUGCGCUGUCACACGUCCCUCCCCCACGCAUCUGAGGAAGUCCUGGCAGACCUCUGGCCGGGGCCACAGCAGCCAGUGAACGUCACCUGCGACUGCAGGAAGAUGGCCGAGGCGCGGUCCAGUCCCCGAAGGCACGCUUGCUCUGUGGCCAGACCUGAGAUUAGAAGACACGCUGAGCUCAUCCACGUAGGUCCCUCAGUCCCUCCGCCGGCGAGCCUCCGCAGGGACGUUUGCCUGAUCCGCAGUUCUCUAAGUCUGUCUCUUCCCUGGACAGGUGCAGAGCCCGGUUUCCAUAGCCUGGGGUCUCAGGAACACCCUGGUUGGCUUCAGAACAGCCCCGUGUGUGCUCCCCGGGUCUGCCUGUCCAGACCCGGCCUUGCUGGUGCCGCGGCCUCAGAAGUGGUGGAGACACGCCUGCUGUCUGUAGGUGGCUGUGCUCGGUCAACCUCAGGAAGCCCAGACCAGGAGUUCCAGACACAAGUCCGCUCCCUUCACAGAGAGAGAGGAGGCAAAACCGGCCAGUGUCGCUGCGGAGGAGCUCACAGUCUGACACCAGUGAUCCCAGUGGCCGCGGACAGACGGACAUUCAGUGAUCUGCUCAGUUCCUUUGUUUAUCUGCGCCUCGACCAAAGGAAAGCAACGGAAAUAACCAACACGAGCUUUUCCCGUUGUCUUGAUUUGAAAGCUCCCACCUGCGCUCCACAGGACACCCACAGAACAGAGUGUGUGCAGUCCAAGACGCCUUCCUAUCUGCAGAGGCCGGCGUCGUCGCUGGGUUUCGUCUCCUCCCAUCGCUUGCUCCAGAGAGGAGAGGGUGGCAGGCACACCUCCCGGCCUCCAGGCAGCACAGUCCACCCGUUCUGCGUGGGCUGCAGCUCGCUUUGGCUGGUGCUGAACAGCACCUGGCUGGGCGUGAAAAGGCUGCCCUGGCGGGGGAGGGGGGUGCCUGUGCUGUGGCGUAGCCGGUAAAGCUACCACCCGCAGCCAGAUGCCCGGCACCCCAUACAGGCGCCGGUUCAAGUCUCCGCGUCCGAUCCAGCUCCCUGCCAAUGUGUCUGGGAGAGCAGCGGAGGAAGAGCCCAGUGCGUGGGCCCCUGCAGCCACGUGGGAGACCUGGAAAAAGCUUGUGGCCAUUUGGAGAGUGAACCAGCAGAUGAAAGAUGCCCCCCCCCCCCCGCUUUCUCUCUAACUCUUUCAAAGAAAUAAAUCCUUGAGAGAAAGAAAAACAGGAGAGAGGGAGUGGGGAGGGGCCGGGAAAGGCCACGCUGAGGGCCGGUGAAUCCAGGAACCCAGGCUCUGACAAGCUGAACUCACAGGCUCAGAGCAGGGCAGCCCUUAACCCCCCGGGAGGGGACGAGACCGCGAGGGUGGAGUUCAAGUGCAGAGCUCAGGGCCCCACUCGCGUGUUGCAGAACCUCCAGCUGUCAGGGCUAACGUGUUUUAGUGAAUGGGCUGGACUUUUUAAGGAUUUCAUUUUAAGUUAUUUGAGAGAGAAAGACAAAGGUCUUCCGGCCCCUGGUUCACUCCCCAAAUGCCCAUGACAGCCGGGAGCCAGGAGCUGGAAGCCGAACUGGAAACCUGGAGCAGCGGGACUCGAACCUAGGCCGCCGACACGGGAUGCGAGUGUCCCAGGUGGUCUUAGCGGCUGUGCCCCUCGCCCGCCUUUUGGCCCUCAGGAAGCGCUUCCCUCUGUGGGUAGAGAGAAGCGGGAGGGGGAGGGGGAGGGCCGGGACAGUGGACUGGCCCGUGGGGGUCCAGCCUGCCCAGGGC